UAGUUUCUCACGAAAACCUGUCUGUCAUCUCCGCCCUCAUGCCCUCUCCUUUCCCCUUAUAUUCUUCUUCUUCUUUUUCUCUCUUUUCUAACUCCUUCAUUUCCUCAUUGCCACUCAUCUUUUCUUGUUUUCUCUCUCCAUUUCUUUUCAUGGCUCCUGCCUUUGAACAAGCCCCAGUCACAGUCCCACAGGAGGGCGAGACUGAAACUGCAACAUCCCAUAACAAUGUCACCGGAAACAGUUUUGGUAAUGAUGGUCGAGUUGGCUAUAAAUCUAGGGUCACUGUUGUUGGUAGUGGCAAUUGGGGUAGUGUUGCUGCUAAACUCAUUGCUUCUAACACUCUCAAGCUCAACUCUUUUCACGAUGAAGUGAGGAUGUGGGUGUUUGAGGAGACAUUGCCAAGUGGUGAGAAGCUUACAGAUGUCAUUAACAGAACUAAUGAGAAUGUUAAGUAUCUCCCUGGUAUUAAGCUUGGUAAAAAUGUCAUUGCGGAUCCAGACCUCGACAGUGCAGUUAAAGAUGCAACCAUGUUGGUUUUUGUGACCCCCCAUCAAUUUAUGGAGGGUAUAUGCAAGAGGCUUGUAGGUAAAGUGAGGGGAGAUGUUGAGGCUAUUUCCCUUAUUAAAGGGAUGGAGGUCAAGAUGGAAGGCCCUUGCAUGAUCUCCACUCUUAUCUCCGAGCUUCUUGGCAUCAAUUGCUCUGUUCUGAUGGGGGCUAAUAUUGCAAAUGAGAUUGCUGUGGAGAAGUUCAGUGAAGCAACAGUUGGGUACAGAGACAAUAGAGACAUUGCAGAACAAUGGGUUCAAUUAUUCAGUACCCCUUAUUUCAUGGUCACUCCUGUACAGGAUGUGGAAGGGGUUGAACUAUGUGGGACUUUGAAGAAUGUUGUGGCCCUAGCAGCUGGUUUUGUGGAUGGACUUAACAUGGGAAAUAACACGAAGGCUGCAAUAAUGAGAAUUGGCCUGAGAGAGAUGAGAGCUUUCUCCAAGCUGUUAUUUUCAUCUGUUAGGGAUAGUACCUUCUUUGAAAGCUGUGGAGUUGCUGAUGUCAUCACAACAUGCUUGGGAGGAAGAAACAGAAAAGUUGCUGAGGCAUUUGCUAAGAAUGGAGGAAAAAGAUCUUUUGACGAGCUUGAGGCCGAGAUGUUGCAGGGCCAGAAAUUACAGGGUGUAUCCACUGCAAGAGAGUUCUACGAAGUUUUAAGCCACCGUGGAUGGCUAGAGUUCUUUCCUCUAUUUGCAACAGUACAUGAGAUCUGUGUUGGUCGUCUUCCACCAUCAGCCAUAGUUGAAUAUAGUGAGAAGAAACCAAAGUUAUCCCUAUUAGAGGACUCCACCCGUUACCUUUGAAAUACUCUUGGAUAAAACUAAAAUAUCUUAAAUUUCAGUUCACAGAAGUGGCUUUCUUAGUUUGCUCAUCAGUCAGCAAGUAUAAAAGAGAAGACUUCAACAAAAACUUUGGACAGGUAAUCAAGCAAAAUGUCGUGCCAAUGACAACAAAAUGGAUUGGAGGGUUGAAAUUCACAUUCUAGGAAGCUUCUGAGAUGCCUCAAGGUGGCCUUUUGACACUUUUGAAUGAAGGUUCCAAAGUCUGGUGUUUUUCUUUCUUUUCUUUUUUUCCACUGGUUGUUCUCUUAUGAUUGUUAGAUAAAUAUGGCUGUGCCUUGUAGCCUGCAUAAUAAUCAUCGAGUGUUGAAAUACCUAAGUGAAAUACAUAAUUUGCUAUGAAAAAAGUUGAAUAAAAUUUCGCUCAUGAAAAUGUCUGACCUUCUCAUUCAAACUUGGUUUGGUUUUAUGUUACUGCUUGCCCUCCAUUCCA